AUGCUCACAAUCUCACAGUUGACAAAGAAGUUAUCCACAAGGAUCUCACUUGCCAAAACCCCCAAAACCACCAACCUUGCAACUACUACUUCACGACUACUAUCUUCUAAAAAUAAAAAGAUGAGCAUUGCCAAGCCAGACGACAUCAAAAAGAGUCUCGCCAACAAGUCCACCAUUCUUUUGGACGUCCGAACCAUGGACGAAAUUGAAGCCUCGGGUAAGAUCGAAGUGGAAGGAAAUCAAUGGCUGCAAACUGUCUGCACUCCUUCCUCUACCGAUAUGGAUCUGAACACGGACGACAUUGACAAGGAAACGGACAUUAUCAUUUACUGCCGUUCUGGAAGAAGGGCGUCACGAGCCAAGGAAAUUUUGGAAGGGAGGGGAUUCAAGAAUGUCCUCAACGGCGGGGGCUAUGAUGACAUGAAGAGUAUGGGAUUGUAA